GCUGCUCCCAUUGGCUGCGGCGGCGCCAGGCGGAUGGAACGCUGGGGCCUGGGCGCACGCGCUGCUGCUGAGGUUCGCAGCGGGGCUCAGCAUGAGCGAGCUGCGGCAGCGCCUGGGCCGGGAGCCCGACGACAAGGUACCGGGGCGGGGCCUGGCGCCUCCCGCCUGCCCGCAGGAGUCUGAGUCGGAGAACAAGCUGGAUGGAGAGACCGCAUCAGACAGCGAAAGCAAAUCGGAGUUUGGAGGGUCAGCUCCAGUACCCACCUCUGAUGACACUCCUGAGGUCCUCAACCGGGCUCUCUCCAACCUGUCUUCAAGAUGGAAGAACUGGUGGGUGAGAGGCAUCCUCACUCUGGCAAUGAUUGCCUUCUUCUUCAUCAUCAUCUACCUGGGGCCCAUGGUUUUAAUGAUGAUUGUGAUGUGUGUGCAGAUCAAGUGUUUCCAUGAAAUCAUCACAAUUGGCUACAAUGUGUACCACUCAUAUGAUCUGCCCUGGUUCAGGACGCUUAGCUGGUAUUUUCUGCUCUGUGUCAACUACUUCUUCUAUGGUGAGACUGUCACAGAUUACUUCUUCACUUUGGUGCAGAGAGAGGAGCCCUUGAGAAUCCUUAGCAAAUAUCAUCGCUUCAUUUCCUUUGCCCUCUACCUAACAGGUUUUUGCAUGUUUGUUCUGAGCUUGGUGAAGAAGCACUAUCGUCUCCAGUUCUACAUGUUUGGUUGGACCCAUGUGACUUUGCUAAUUGUUGUUACCCAGUCACACCUCAUCAUUCACAACCUGUUUGAAGGAAUGAUCUGGUUCAUCGUCCCGAUUUCAUGUGUGAUCUGUAAUGACAUCAUGGCUUAUAUGUUUGGGUUUUUCUUUGGCCGCACCCCACUUAUCAAGCUUUCCCCAAAGAAGACCUGGGAGGGUUUUAUUGGAGGCUUCUUCGCCACAGUUCUGUUUGGACUGCUGCUGUCAUAUGUUAUGUCUGGCUACCGGUGCUUCACCUGCCCUGUGGAGUACAACAAUGACACCAACAGCUUCGCUGUGGAUUGUGAUCCAUCUGAGCUUUUCCAGCUGCAAGAAUACAACAUCCCCCUGGUGCUACAGUCAGUCUUGGGCUGGAAAACAGUCCGGAUGUAUCCCUUCCAGAUCCACAGCAUCGCCCUUUCCACCUUUGCCUCCCUCAUUGGGCCCUUUGGAGGAUUCUUUGCCAGUGGGUUUAAAAGAGCCUUCAAGAUAAAGGACUUUGCCAACACAAUUCCAGGGCAUGGUGGCAUCAUGGAUCGCUUUGACUGUCAGUACCUGAUGGCUACCUUUGUCAAUGUGUAUAUUGCAAGUUUUAUCAGGGGUCCUAAUCCCAGCAGGCUGAUCCAGCAGUUCUUAACCCUCCGGCCAGACCAGCAGCUCCACAUCUUCAACACGUUAAAGGCACAUCUGGUUGACAAAGGGAUGCUGGCCAAUUCAGAGGAUAUGUAGACAUCCUGGCGUUUGGAACAGGGCUGAGAAGAGGGCAAGCAAUCACUUCCCCAAGGAAAUCCCAGUUUGCCUGAUUCAAGACAGUAAUCACAAGGCCUCAUGUCACUGUAUUUUUUUCUUCCCUUGUAAAUGUUUGCAUUUGUGGGUUUCUGUUUUUUUAUAAUGCAUAUUUAUAUAUAUGACUUUGGUUCAAGUCAGCCAAUCAUCAUGUCUAGCUGGAAGGGCAUCGGGGUUGGGAGGGCUGUCCAGCAAAAAGCAUCUGACAAGGCACAAAGGUUCUUGUGGUCCUGUGCACCUGUUGUUCUGGACGUGUGUGGGCUGAGCUUGACUUUUGCACUCCCUCAGGGAGCCUGUUUAUGCUGGGAACAUGGGUAGGAGUUUUCUGCACUAAUGGAAGCUCCAGUAAAAGCAGAACAGCAGGCGCUGUUGCAUCUGUCUCUAACCCUGCUAAGCUGUGUCUAUACUAGGACAAUUGGGAGCCACACAACUCCGCCAGUGGUAUUUACAUAAUAUAAAGAGGGUGCUGUUCUUUGAUUUUUUUUUUUUUUUUUUUUCUUUUUCCCCAGCCCAUCUCUAACCCUCUUUGGCUAUGUAUAUGUUCAGAAAGCAGGGGACCUUUAACUCCCCACUGGUGGUAGUUGUUACUUGGAGUCUUAAUUUCUUCAGUAUAGCCUGUCUUGCACAAAACCUUCAUGGUGGUAGGGGAGUAGAAAGUUUGACCAAUCUGAAGGGAACUCCUGUGCUUAUCCAGCUUCAGGAUGUGUGUGUUGGCUAGCUACACAAGCCAACACACACAUCCACUUCAGCUUGCUCUCUUUGCAGGGUCUCCUGCAUUCUGCCACUCCAGCAAAUAUAUGGCCAAGACUGCUGAUUCCAAAUGUAACCAUAUAAACAGAAAGACAUGGUAUAUCUUUAUGUGAGGGGCGAGUACCAAGUGUUGCUGUGGGAGGUUUAAGUUGCAACUUAAAUCAGGAAUAUUUUUAUUUUUAAAAUACGUUAAAGUUGUUUUGUUAUUGAAGAAAUCCUACCGAACAAGCUUUGAAAUCAUGGAUUCGCUUCUCUUUUCAUGCCAAGCAUAUUUUUAAUACUGGGGCACAAAACCUUCCCUUAAGUAAGCAACUCCAUGCCCUGAGACUUUUGGCAUGUUGGGGAGCAGUUUCCAACCCAUGUGGCUUUUUCCAAGAGUGAAACUUGGGUGGAAGAGCACCCACCCAGCUGUGUUAUUUCACAGGUUGUUUUUUUAGAUUUUGUUCUAUUUCCCUUUCAGGGGCCAUGUCUGUCAAACGCCACUUGAGUUCUAGAUGUCGUGCUACUGAGGUUCACGGUCCGUGUUGCAUUGCAGUUUGGGUUUGGUCAGCUUGCAGGCUUUUUCUAGUUUUGUUCCAGUAAUUUUGUUCCAGUAUUUGUCUUCCUUACAUUUCACUUAGCAUUUGGGCACGGGUGGUUGUUUCCCAAGUAUGUGCCCUUUUAUUUCUUCCGAUGUGCCAUCAAUUAAAAAAAGGAAAGGGGAGGAAGCGCUAAGACCCCAGACAUUUCCACACUUGAUACUGUUUAUGUUCACUAUUGAUCUCAAGUGUUCACACAUUUUAAGCAUCUUCAUGCAUCUUAUCUUCCUAUGAUCUUUCUCCAUAGUUUGCAGCUGAGGCAGGCUAUGAUGUGCAACUCUAGCUGUUUGAGUCUGGGGAACAGUUGGCAGGGAAUGAAACAGAGAUGCUGUCACUGGUGUCUUCAGACAAACUCUUUGCUGUCUCUCACCUUCCACACAAAUGUGUAUUUCAUCUUGCUAAUCUCCCAACUGAAACAAAAACACCUGGAAUAAUGUUGUAUCCUGUCAUUCUGUUCUGAUGCUAACAUUAUUUACACGUGCCACUAGUGUGCAUUUUUAUCUGUAGCAAACUCUGCCACUUCCUCACGUAGAGAAACUACAGAGGGCAGAGAUGCAUUUGUAGCAUUGAAUACGCAAGGAACGGAUGGGGGAAAAAAUGGUGUUUUUCCCAGGGUGGGAAGAAGGCAAGGUACAGCCGAAGUGAGAUGCAAUUGAAGUCUGGUUCUGCCAGGUGCUGCGUACCCACAGCUUCCAUCAAGGGUGCUGAGCCUCAGCUAUUAAGGGUGCUGAGAGGGUUUAGCUCUGCUGCUGUGGUCUAAAGUUAAUACAGUAUGUAGGUAUGUGCUUCAAGUGCUCUUGUGAAUGGGGGCUUAGCCUGAGUCUGUCCACUGAAGUCGGUGAUAACCUUUCCAUUCAGCCCCUGCCUUGAUUUCAGGAAAUAUCAGGAGGUUGUUUAAUAUUAAAGUAAAGCAAUCUUGCCGCUCUUCGUGGUGGUGUUAGGGGAUAUUCACUUGAUGAAAGCACCUUGAUAGAUUGCAGUUUUCAUUACUUGCAAAUGAGUGAAAAUAUGGAAAGUGGCUGAGCUGGCACAGCUUCCUGGAGACUAAAACAGAGCUCAUGCCAUGGUAAAACAAGCUGACGCUGCCCUGCAUCCUACCUACCCUGUACCAAUAUCUGUCCAGCACCAUGCACACUGAGCUUUUGGGAGCAGAUGAGCUGAAGCACAUAUCAAAUAAGCUUGCCAUACUAUGUUAAACCUGAUUACAGCGUAUUGAUUUGUAGAAAGAACCACUUCACUUGCUUUUCAUCUGAGAUUUGAAUUGCUGUCCCCUUCAUUUGUUCUCUCCCCCCACCCCCUCAUCCCCAUAAUCCCCAGUUAUAAUGAGCAGAACUGAAAAAAAAAUCUGGGACGUAUGUAUGGUUUUAAACAAUAGGAUUUGUUUGGGCGAUUUCUGUUAAAUGUUGCCAUUCUGGCAGUGGCCACUGGAGGGCAUAACAGCUUCUUGGGUGCCUGCCUGUUGAUCUGACUGUACAAACUGGUUUGAUUAAAAAUGUGCAUGGAUUUCUCAAGUUCUCAGUGCAGGUUUUCAAAGUUCAGUCUUCUGCUGUUCCACAGCUUCAAAGUGAAUUAAGUAGAGACCCAAGGGGAGUUGUGUGUGUAUAGGUGCUGAUAAGGUUUUCGUGUUCUGACUUUAAGAGUGGUUGUCCUUACAUAGACAAAGUGCAACAGGGCUGACAAUUAGUGGACAGAAACUUAAAAUCUGAGGGACCGUGAGGAAAUUGGAUUGUGUGUGCGCUCUAUGGCCAGUCUUCCUGAGCAGGACUAGGAGGGUAGAGAUCUGUCUGCAUAGCUCCAGUGAGCCAUGGAGUCAUGUUGACUGCAGGGUUCUGGGAUGGAGCUAUAGGGAAGGCCCACUCUCUCAAAUAUGCCGCAUAGUUCUCCGUUUGGAUUAGACUCAAAAUAUUUCCCACCAAAGGAGGUCUGCUUCUGCCCAGUGCCUGAAAUGCAGCGUAGUGAAUAUGUUUGAUAUUCUUGACAAGUCCUAAGCAAUGUUCUGCUCUUUCAAUGUCAAGCUGGUAUCCUGUCCAACAGGGGAAGACCCCAAUUGAGAGGCCACUUUUGGAGGACUUGGAGCUAAGUGAAAUGGCUAAGAUGAGAUGGGAGGUAACAAUUACUAUAGGCGCUGCUGUUUAAAAACCUGAGACUGAUCAGUGUCCUUUUUUACUACGUAACCAAAAACAUAGCUACAUGCCAACUAAAGUGUGUGAAUUUUGAACACUUGCAUGCGCAGAAAAAGUCUAAGCACUUCAGACUCCAGCAGCUUUAAUGUCUCUGCCUUAUACAAUAUUGUGCAGGCAACCAGUUCCUUCCUGAUAAUUUUUUUUCAACCCUGCAAGGAAAGUUUGUUCCUAAUGGAAGCUUCCCCAGACUUCAGGGAGAGAAUGAGUUUCUGGAAGGGUUUUUUAUGGAGCUGGUGCUAGCGACAGGCAAUAGCGGCAAUGGAGCAACAUUGGCAAAAGUUCAUGUCAAAGUUUCCCUUCUCUUCUCCCACAAAAGUCAAGACCUCUUGAUUGUUCCUAUGCUCUGCUCACUGCUGGGAGGCCCCUGUUCAGUUAGAAGGAAGUUCCCUAUGCUUGCUGUAUAGCAAGAGAGAAACCAGCUGUGAAUGCUGGAGAUCAGAUGACUGAGAAUUAUUCAGCAGGUCCCUGGGUUGCUUGGGCUGGGUAGAAAAUGCCUUUCCUUAUUCUUUUGGAGGACUCUGAGCUGACAAGGGGUGGAGUUCCCUAGCUGUCUCUGUUGUGGUUGGCUUUUGAAGCCACGUGCUAGCAAGGCCAAAUGAAAACAUCAGAAUGGCUCAAAGGAGUCUCUAGACUGUUUGAAUAAACAAGAAAAGAGGCAAUGGAGUGUCUGAUCCUGCAACUGGGUUUUGUGUUGGCAGAGUGAUUCAACCUGCUGUACUUCUCCCAGCUAGCUUGAAUGUGUCUGAGGAGAGAGGUGUCUCAAUAGACUGCCUUCCUAAAGUAGCCUCCUUGGCCCUUAGUAAAGCAAGAAGCAGUCCUGCAGGUAGGAUGUUGUGAGCUUGGCCAUCAGCUUGGAAAUGAACAACAAGGCAGCUGCUGGCACGUACUGGUUUGCUGGAAGGACUGGGUAAGGAAGGUCAACUCAUCAGAGUGCAUGUUCAUGAGCUCAGCAGCCUGGUUGCACAUCCUCCAAGAGCUUCCUUAAUUCAUGAGUGUAAGCUCAGUGAAAACUGAAGUGGGCAAUUACUGUUCAAAGCAAAGGGAGUUUCCUUUGUAUCCAGUAUCUUGGGGAAUGUACCAGACACUAGUACCCAGGUCUUAACAGCCCUUUGUUUCCUAAAUCAGAUUAGCCCCUAAUAAAAACCACUAGCACAGAGCAUUUGUUAUGGGGGUGCUUGGCCAGGAGUCCUUGCAAAUAAGCAAGCUGUCUAGCCGUCCAUUCGGAUUUCUCAGUUGCACUUCUGCAAAGUGGGUUAAAUCCUGUUACCCAGGAUCUAAGAUGUGAGAUGCCUGCUCACAUCUUGGCUUUAGCCCAGAGUCUAGAUUGUGUGGGUAUUUGAAGAUCCUAUUAAGCCAGGGAAGGAAGAGCUGACUUAGAUUUUGAAGGACUCUGAACGGAAGAGUCUGUGUGCUGACUCAGGCUUUGUUAGCAGGGGACCAGGUUGGGUGGUCUGCUGCACUGGAAUUCACUGGUGGCGGUUUCUUUUCUUCUUAGUCUGUUUUGGGGAUCAACGAGUUUGGGCACUAUAAUCGGUCAGUUGGAAGAAAGGCUUGACAGCUGAGAUGCUUCAGACUGAUGUCACUUUCCAAAGACUCCCACCAAGUCCAAAGGUAGACAGAUAGCCUGCCCCUAGUGCUUUGUGACGGAGGCUUCUCCAGAUAUGUAUAUAAUGGGACUUUUUUUUCUUAAAUUAAAAGAAUGAAUCAAUUGGAAACAUAACAGCACAGCCUCAGUCAACGGUAGCAUUGUUUACACUGCCUGAAAUGCUGAUGGGAUCCAAAUGCCUGCAGACAGGUGGACUGUGGUCCUGAGAUGCCAUGUGCUGGCUCCCAGACUCUCCAAAAGCCUCAACCUGGGCCUGGUACUUCCUUCUGGAAACUGGCUACUGGGAGCUCAGUGGCAGCCUAAGCUGGGUUGUAAACAAGGCACUAUUUGAACAGCUGAAAGUCAGGAGUUUGCGGUGCCCAGCACAAGGGCAUACUGAGGCCAAGGUUAUGCUUGAUGUGCUCAUGCUGAGUUAUAUAUGUAGUAGCAAGUGUUCCCACGGAUUUUACUGUCUGCCUUUGGUACAAGUUUAUUAAAAGGUCUUUAGCUCCUACAGUUGACUUCCAUUGGAUUGAUUAAAAGGGGAAUUGUUGCCAUUAAUGUCAGUGGGAAUAGAAGGAAGGGAGGAAAAAUCCUAGAGCCCUGCCUCCACCCAAUUCAUUCCUUAUUCCUGUCUCUGGAAAGAGAUGAUUUCUUGCAGAUUUAGCUGAGUCUCCUUGUUUGACGUGCACUCAGCUCCAGGAGUGCCAAUGCUAGCAGGUUCAAUGCAUUUGAGGAGGAAGACUUCACCCAUCUUGCCACAAGAAUCCCUUCUCUUCCCAAUAGUUCUGUACAAUUGGAGAAUAGAUUUCACCAUGCCAAAACCUCCAGAGCUGCUGGUUUGGGGGUGUUUGCCCUUUCUUAAAAAACAUGGGGUCAGCAUGCGUCUGUCAGUGAUAUCUCAUGUACCUCCUGCCAUCUGUAGCCAACCCCAGAGUUUCACUUCGUACUACUGUGAUCUUCCUGAGAGUUACCAUUCUCUGGAUCUGAUGUGUUCUCAGCCAUUAUCUGCUUAUUUCUCUGUGCAUUGUUUUUUGAUCCAUGUUUUAGCAAUACACGUAGCCUUGCCUUUCUUUGACUGAAUGUCAGAAUGUGAUAUAUUGUAUAUUUUAAAGUAUUUACCCUAUUUAUAUACUGUAUGUUACUGUUAAAAUAAAUAUAAAUUCCAUUA